AUGCUCCUCCCGCUGCACUUUCAGGCUGCCAAGGCCGCAGUGCUCUCCUUUCUGCGCCCCUUCAUUCACCUCGGCUCCGUGCAGCUGUUGGAGCGAGGAGGCACGGUGUACCGGUUCGGGAGACAAGGACCCAAUCUGGACUGCCAGAUGACUGUGCAUUCACCUGCAUUCUACUGGAAGGUGGCAACACGUGCUGACCUGGGAUUGGCUGAUGCCUUUGUGGAUGGAGACAUCUCCUUUCCUCAGGGCUCCAGAGGACUCCUCAAAUUCCUCGAGAUCAUGAUUGCCAAUCGGGAUCGCAACAAGCAGCCUGGCCAGCGACCCGCGAAAAAGAAGGGGUGGUGGAGCCCCGCCCUGCUGACAGCAGUGGUGGGGUCGGCAGCUCUGUACGCGAGGCACCUGCUGCGAUUCAACAACCUCACCAACGCACGCCGCAACAUAUCCAACCACUACGACCUGAGCAACGGCAUGUUCCAGACUUUCCUCGACGAGACCAUGACCUACUCCUGUGCCAUCUUCCAGCGACCAGAGGAGCCUCUAGUGGAUGCUCAGUUGCGCAAGCUGAGGCGCCUCAUUUCCAAGGCGCGCAUAGACUCGACCCACCAUGUGCUGGAGAUCGGGUUCGGGUGGGGCAGCUUGGCUCUGGAGACGGUCAGUCUGACGGGGUGUCGCUACACGGGCAUCACGCUCUCCUCACAGCAGCUGCAGCUCGCCACAGAGCGAGUCAAGGCAGCAGGGCUGCAGGAUCGAAUCAACUUCAUGCUCUGUGACUACCGCAAUCUGCCGGGGACUGGCAAGUUUGACCGUAUCCUCUCAUGUGAGAUGCUCGAGGCAGUGGGACACGAGUACCUGGGCGAUUUCUUCCACCACUGCGACCGCCUGCUAGCUAUGGAUGGGCUCCUGGUUGUCCAGGUGAUCACCACACCAGAGAGUCGCUACGAGGAGUACCGCCUGUCCUCCGACUUCAUCAAGGAGUACAUCUUCCCCGGCUGCUGCGUGCCCUCCCUCUCCGCGCUCACCGACGCCAUGGCCAAGAACUCCGCCUUCAGUGUGGAGGAGCUGGAGAACAUUGGGCCGCACUAUGCCACGACGCUCAUGAGAUGGCAUGAUAACUUUAUGGCUCACCGGCAUGAGAUCAUGGAGAUGGGGUUCGGGCCCAAGUUCAUCCGCACCUGGCAGUACUACUUUGUCUACUGUGCUGUCGGCUUUCAAACGCGCACACUCGGAGAUAUUCAGGUGGUGUUCUCCCGCCCGGGCAAUGCGACACUGGAUCUGGUACCUUACACCAAGACAGAGUGA